GCCCCUCCCGUCUGCGUGCCUCGCCUUCGGGCCCCUGUUUUUACGCGCAGAGGCAAAUAAACUAAACUUGGUCUCCUACUCAAAAUUGAUUAAUUUUUAAUAGUUUGUAAACUAAAAUAGGGUGUGAAAACAUGGGAUAGACGAAAAGUCGGAACCCCCCCCCCCCGGGCACCUGCCUUUUGGUUUGGCCCGGUUGCCUUGGAGACCGGUAGUAACAGCAGUAGGACAGCAGAGGCGGGGAGGCGAUGGCCACGCUGGCCCGGCUGCAGGCUCGGUCCGCGGCUUUAGCGCAGCAGUACUACUUUAGGAACAGUGUUGUGGAUGUGUUCCGGAAAAAGGAGAAUGACGCGGCAGUUAAAAUCCAGAGCUGGUUUCGAGGGUGUCAAGUCCGGGCGUAUAUCAGGUAUUUAAACAGAAUAGCAACCACUGUUCAGAAGUGGUGGCGAGGUUACUUAGGAAGACAGCACUGUCAACUCAUUGUAGAGAUAACAUAUUGUGCUAUGAAGAUGAAUACCUACAAUGCAAUGGCUGUCAGGAUCCAGAGGUGCUGGCGAGGCUAUCGGAUCCGGAAAUACUGCUUCGAUUAUGUCUGCUUGAAGAAGUACCUGAGAGCUGUCUCAAGGACCAAUGACUCAGUUAUGGAGGCUCUGGACGAGUUCGCGGAGGUCAAAGAAAGAGAAGAGAGGGAGGCUGCCCUGCAAAGGGAGAAGAAGAAAAAAGAUUACCAAGCCCGAAAGAUGCAUUACCUCCUCAGCACGAAGCAGAUUCCAGGUGUUUACAACUCACCGUUCCGGGAGGAACCGGACCCCUGGGAGCUGCGGAUUCGGCAGGCGAAGCCUUUGGUGUGCAAGCGGCCGAGAGGGCAGCUGCAGCGGCCCAGCAGUCUGACCAGCUGGCUGGGGUGCACCAGCGCCCGGUCCUUCCCCCGCUCCGACACGCUGCCGCCCAUCAGCAGGAAGCAGUGCCAGGGUCCCUUCCGCGACAUCGCCGAGGUGCUGGAACAACGCUACAAGCCCCUGGAGCCAACGCUGCGGGUGGCCGAGCCGGUCAACGGGAUGAAAGAGGCCAGGGCGGAAUUCAGGAGACAGGAAGAGGCGAGGAACAUUCAGGACAAAAUGUUUUUGCCUUUCGCCUCCUACCACAAGAAGGAAAAGUACAUCCCGUCUGUGCAUUUAUCCAGCAAGUGUGGCUCCAGUGCUUGCGGGUGCCAGAGUUUCAGAGACGAAAAUCCUGAGAAAUGGAUCUGCGGCAAGGAUUUCCAAACCGUCUUACCGUCAUUUGAUCUCUUCUCCACGUAUGGAAAAUCAUAUUCAAAGGCUGGACAAAUUUUAUAAAGAAAAUAAAAGAAGACAAAAUGUAAAACUGAGGUUAAGGUGUGAAGUGAUUAUGGAGUAGAAGACCCCUGCCUGGCUGAGCAACCAAGAUUCCAGUGUCUCAGCCUCUGAAGCCCCUCCCCCCUCUCUGUCUCUCUCUCCCCUCGUCCUCUCUCCUUCCCUCUCUCUGUUCUCUCCUCUGUCUCCCUCUCCUCUCUCCUUCUCUCUCUCUCUUCUCACUCUCUUCCCUCUCUCCCCCUCCCUCUCCCCCUCCCCCCUCCUUCCUCUCCUCCCCUCCCCCUCUCUCUCUCCCCUCCCCCUCCCCUCUCUCCUCUGUUCAAAGAAGAAAUGGGCACAAUCUGUGGUUCAUUCAAAAACUCUACAGUUCUAAAAGGAAAAUACACAUGAAGACCCUACAGAAAAUACACUUAGACCAUACUUCUUAUGAUUCAAUAAAUGAUAAUAUUUUA